UGCAUAUCCAUUUGGAAGUGAGUUGUAGAACCCUCUAUCUCUCUCUAGCUCUUGUUCCUUUCUGUUUGAGUUUGUGAUUUGAAUUGACGAAAGGUCUGAGAAAAUUUCAUUUGAAGCAGGUGAAAGGGAAGAGAAGAAGGAUGAGGAAGCGGCAAGUGGUUGUGAGAAGAGAGGAGCCUCAGAGAAGUGUUAGGAGUGUGAAGUAUGGUGAGUGCCAGAAGAAUCAUGCAGCAAAUGUUGGAGGGUAUGCUGUUGAUGGUUGCAGAGAAUUCAUGGCAAGUGGUGGAGAAGGGACAACUGCUGCUCUCACUUGUGCUGCAUGUGGCUGCCACAGGAACUUCCACAAGAGACAGGUGGAAACUGAAGUAGUGUGUGAGUGCUCCUCACCUCCCUCCAUUGGCACAUGAGAGCUUUUUAUACAUACACCUCAACAAUUAUGCAACUAUUCCUCUCUUGUAAUAUAUUUUGUGGACUUAAUUUGCUUUUACUUCUUAAGUAUUGGGGUUUUACCACACUUCUGAACUGAUAUGAAUAUAUAUAUGUAUAUGUAUAUGUAUACAUAUAUAUAUAUAUAUACAUAUAUAUAUAUGUUCUAGAGUAGAAACCAUGUGAUUUUGAGGUUGAUGUGUCUAAAGAGAAAAGACAAAGGGUAAUGACAACUCACAGGGUUGUUUUUGUGAUGUAUGUCUGAAAGUUUCAUCAUCUUCACUUCUUACAUGUUUGGUUUAACUAGUUCUGAAAAAAUAUAUGAUUUAUUGUUUUAUGUCUCAGAAAAAAAGUACUUAAUCAUAUAUUUCUCAGAAACAGUGCUGCCAAAUAUGUAAAUUACUCUCUUAAACUCUCUUAAGCAUGUUUGUGUAAGGAUUUGCUUAGUGGGUGAAUCAGUUGUCAGUUUGAAAUGGGAUGAGAGAAAUUGGUUUUGGUUUCUUUGAUUUCUUUGUCUUUUCGUGGGAUGCUGAUUUUGAUUCCAUUCCAGAUGCAAAUUUCACACUAUACCAAACCCCACUUUGCUUUGCCCUUUCUUAGUUUUUCCGCUUUUUCAAUUUUGGAAUUGUUUUCACUGAAUCAAAUUUCCUCUCAUGAUCAAGACAGUGUUCAGGAUUUCGAUUUCACUUUUACUAAAAAUCAUGCAUGCCAGAUUCCCUAGUGUGUUGUUUUCUGUUGUACUAAUGUUUAACAAAGUAGCAAUUAUAUACAAGUUGUGUAAAAAAUGGUUUAUUAUUUCACUCUCCCUUAAUUGAUAUAAAGCCUUUGUAAUCUCUGCAACAAUGAUCACACACAAAUCUCCAAACCACUAGCCAGUGUCGUUUGAAAUCACUUUCAAUAGUUUCACGGUCCACAUGUCUAAUCAUGUUGGUUGUUGAAGAAAAGA